AUGGUCUAUAUCAACCGGUACUAUAUCACCCUGCUCUAUAUCACCCUGCUCUAUAUCAGCCUGCUCUAUAUCAGCCUGCUCUACAUCAACCUGCUCUAUAUCAGCCUGCUCUACAUCAAUCUGCUCUACAUCAGCCUGCUCUAUAUCAGCCCCAGCUCCCCCCUCUGCUACAUCAACCUGCUCUAUAUCAGCCUGCUCUACAUCAACCUGCUCUAUAUCAGCCUGCUCUACAUCAAUCUGCUCUACAUCAGCCUGCUCUAUAUCAGCCCCAGCUCCCCCCUCUGCUACAUCAACCUGCUCUAUAUCAGCCUGCUCUAUAUCAACCUGCUCUAUAUCAACCUACUCUAUAUCAGCCUGCUCUAUAUCAACCUGCUCUAUAUCAGCCUGCUUUAUAUCCACCUGCUCUAUAUCAGUCUGCUCUAUAUCAGCCUGCUUUAUAUCACCCUGCUCUAUAUCAGCCUGCUCUACAUCAAUCUGCUCUAUAUCAGCCUGCUCUACAUCAACCUGCUCUAUAUCGUCCUGCUCUACAUCAACCUGCUCUACAUCAGCCUGCUCUAUAUCAGCCCCAGCUCCCCCCUCUGCUACAUCAACCUGCUCUAUAUCAGCCUGCUCUAUAUCAGCCUGCUCUAUAUCAGCCUGCUCUAUAUCAGCCUGCUCUAUAUCACCACAGCCUCCAUGGCCGAGGAGACGUCCUCCCCCUCCCCCUUCUCCUCCUCCCACGCGUUCCCCCCCAACGCCUCGGCCAACGAGUCCCUCCAGAGCGUCCCGUUCGAGGGCAGCAGCACGCUGCUCACGGCGCUUGUGUCGCUCACGGUGAUGGUGGUGGGGCUGGCGGGCAACACGCUGGCCAUCUACGUGGUGCUGCGCCACGCAAAGAUGAAGACGGUCACCAACAUCUACAUCCUGAACCUGGCGGUGGCCGACGAGCUGUACAUCGCAGGGCUGCCCUUCCUCACCACGCAGAACGUUCUCUCAUACUGGCCCUUCGGCUCCUUCCUGUGCCGCGUUGUCAUGACCGCCGACUCCAUGACCCAGUUCACCUCCAUCUUCUGCCUGACCGUGAUGUCGGUGGACCGCUACCUGGCGGUGGUCCACCCCAUCCGCAGCACUCGCUGGAGACACCCCCACGUGGCCAAGGGCGUGAGCGUGGCCGUGUGGGCGGUGUCCUUCGUGGUGGUGCUGCCGGUGGUCAUCUUCUCCGACGUCCAGGAAACCUUCAACUCGUGCAACAUGAUCUGGCCGGAGCCCAAGAACGUGUGGUCGACGGCCUUCAUCUUCUACACAGCCACACUGGGCUUCUUCGGGCCGCUCUUCAUCAUCUGCCUCUGCUACCUCCUCAUCGUCAUCAAGGUAAAGUCCUCAGGCAUGCGGGCGGGGUUCACCAAGCGGAGGCGGUCUGAGCGUAAGGUGACCCGCAUGGUGGUGGUCAUCGUUGUGGUGUUUGUGCUCUGCUGGCUGCCGUUCUUCAUCAUCAACAUUGUGAAUCUGGUGGUCAUCAUCCCGGAGUCCAGCGCCACGGCCGGGAUCUACUUCUUCUCCGUCAUCCUGUCCUACGCUAACUCCUGCGCUAACCCGCUACUCUACGGCUUUCUGUCGGACAACUUCAGGCAGAGCUUCAAGAAGGUUCUCUGCGUGAGAAGUUUGCGGCGUAAGACCAACGGCGUGGAGGACGGGGACCCCAGCGCCCCUCGUACUGAGAAAACCACCACACAUAACGGGCCCUACCCGUCUCCCGGGGGCCCCCACUGCAGACAGGUGGCCCAGCUCUCCGGUCCCCCUGAGGAGGAGCUCAGCCCUACCUGUCCCUCGCUGGUCGGUCAGACCAGCCUUUAG